AUGACUGCCAGACGGCAGCCCUCCACAACUUCCCUCUCAAAAUUCGCCAGAGAUGGCUCACCCGACCCCGCAGCCCGCUCCCUCGACUUCUGCAACGCUUUCUGGGGCCUCAGCGAUGGCGGCGUCGAUGUCCUCUUCGCGAGGAUGCGCGGCGCCGGACGCACCACAGAGGAGCUGCGCAACUUUUGGAAAGAACGAGCUGCCAUCGAAGAGGACUACGCGAAGCGCCUCGCAAAGCUCGCAAAGAUGUCCGUCGGCAGGGAUGAGAUCGGAGAACUACGCAACUCGCUCGACACCCUUCGCUCGGAAACCGAGAAACAGGCCGGAUUCCACCUCCAACUCGCCCAGCAAGUCCGCAACGACCUCGAGGGCCCCACUAACGCCUUUGUCGCACGCCAGGCCCAACAUCGAAAGGUCGUCCAGUCGGCGAUAGAGAAGCAGUUUAAGGUAAAGCAGGCGCAGGAGACGCACGUCAACAAGGCCCGCGAGAAGUACGAGGCCGACUGCAUCCGCAUCAACUCCUUCACCGCCCAGAGCACCCUCGUCCAGGGAAAGGACCUCGAGAGCAUCAGCCGCAAGCUCGAACGUACCCAGCAGACCGUCAAAACCAACGAGCGCGACUUUGCAAACUUCUCUCGCGCGCUCAACGACACCGUCGGCAAGUGGGAGCAUGACUGGAAGGCGUUCUGCGAUAGCUGUCAGGAUAUGGAGGAGGAUCGGAUGGAGUUCCUCAAGGACAUCGUCUGGGCGUACGCCAACGCCGUCUCCAUCGUCUGCGUCUCGGACGACGAGUCCUGCGAACACCUCCGCCUCGCUCUCGAACAGUUCGAGCCCGAAAAGGACCAGGAGAGCUUCGUGCGCGACUACGGCACGGGCGAUGCGAUGCCCGAUCCGCCCCAAUUCAUCAACUACUCCAUCGAAGGCGCCCCCCUCCCCUCCUCCUCAUCCAAACCGACUUCCCGCCCAGCCCAGUUCGUCCGAUCGUCGCAGCGAGUCAACAAACCCCUCGCCGCACAGCCUCCGCCGAACGAGGAGGAGACGCUGGUGAACACGGCUGGCGUGGGCGCGGGCGGCCGUGGGUCGAUGGAUCCCGGGCCCAACCGCUCGCAGACGCAGAGCCGCGCGAGCACCCGCGCGCCGCCGAAUGGGAUGAACGGCAACGGUGGGAUCCCCGUCUCGCCCUCGGCGUCCUCGCGCCCGGGGACGAGCCAUACGGACCGUGCGCCGGGAAUGGUCGACCCGACGACGCACAAGACGAUGCUCAAGGUGGGCGACAACGCGUACGAGGUCGACCUGAAUAAGGACCCGCGCCAGCAGCAGAGCGCGCGCGGCAGCGUCUCCGCAGCAACGAAGGUCGGGGACGAGACGGACCCGAUGGUCAAAGCGAUGGCGAGCCUCCGCAGCGCGGCGGGGACAAUCAAGCGCGGGACGGCGGACAGUCAGGCGUCGUCCUCGCCGACGAAGGCCCUAACUCCACCUACGAGCGCGUCGGCCGCGCACAAUCAGUCCCGGGACUACCGCAACUCGGCGGAGCUCGUCGUCGGCGCGUACCCCCUCGCCGCCGGCGGGUCCUCGCGGCCAUCAUCACCCAACCCGCCGACCGCCGCCUUGAUGCAGCCGCCGCGGCAGGCGCCGGCGCCGUACGUUGAUGCUGCGCUGGAAGAUUAUCAGCAGAGCUUCCCCGGCGAGAUUCAGCAGCGCCGCAGCCGCUCGAACAGCCGGCGGGAGAGCUUCAACGGACCCCCACUGCAGCACCAGCAACAGAUCCAGCAGCAGCAGCAGCCGUCUCCUGGGCCACAGCGCAACAGCAGCCGCGGACAGGCGCUCGAGCGCCCCGUCAGCCGCGAAGGGCACGCUGGGAUCGGCGCGAACGGCCGGAGCCCCAGCCCGUCGCUGCGGCAUCCUACAAUGCAGUCCUCGCGCCCGCGGAGCGUUAGCCCCGCGCCGGGCAACAACGGCAUGGGCGGCGCGAGCUUGGACUACAGGGACAGCUACAGCUCUCAGCAGCGCCCGCAUAGCCGGAAUAGCGUCGGGAUCGCGUUGGAUCAGCGGGGGAACGUGUCGAUGGACUCGAUGGCAGAGUCGUAUUUGCAGCAACAGCAACGUCAGCAGCAACAACAACAACAGCAGCAACAGCAGCCUUACCAGACCCAUGCUCAGCAGGCGCAGCAGCAGCAGCUUCAAGCGCCUUCUUCACAGUCGGUGCAGCGCCGCACCAGUAUGACUCGCGGAUAUAGCGUGCAGCAGGCACCCCCGCCGGGCGCAUACGGCGCGCAGCAGCCGCAUCUGCAGAGCCAAGUGUAUCGAGCCCAGCAACAGCAGCCCUCUCCCGCGCGCGCUCCACAGCAGCAGCUCUCGUAUACGCAGCCGCCCGCACACUCCCCCAUUUACGCGCCGCCGCCGACGCACCCGUACGCCGCCGCCGCCACCCCAGCACAGGCCUUCCACCCGCCGCCCCCCCAGCAGCAGUACGCCCCGCCACCACCGGCCAACGGGGCGCUGCAGCGCGGCAUGUCGGCGUCCGGCGCGGAGUACUACGGCGUGCCUGCGCACCAGAGCUACGGGUCUCAGGCGCAGCAACAGCAGCAGCUUGGGUACGGCGGCGGGUACAGGUCGGGGAGCCCCGGGCCGAUCAACCGCUCGCCGUCGCCGCAGCCGAUAGCGCUGUCGCAGCCGCAUCUGGGGCACGCGCCGCAUCAGCAGCAGGUGGUGCCACCGACGCGGCAGUAUACAGACGACGGGCGGGGAGUGUUGUUUUACGUGAAAGCGCUGUAUGAUUAUACGGCGACGAUCCCGGAGGAGUUCGACUUCCAGGCGGGCGAUAUCAUCGCGGUGACCGCGACGCCCGAGGACGGGUGGUGGAGCGGGGAGCUGCUAGACGAGGCGCGUAGGGUGCCUGGGCGACAUAUAUUCCCGAGCAACUUUGUCUCGCUGUUCUGAUUUAUCACGUUCUUUCUCUUCUUUCUUUUUUCUUCAAGUUUCUUCCCUCUGCGCAUUCUUUCCACUUUCAGUGCUCUCACUUUCAUUUCUCAUUCAUCUUGCCUAGCGUCUCCUCUGUUUACCUGAUCCCCUGAUCUCUAUUUCUCGCCUGGAGCUUUUCCUUCCUUUCCGGCUUCCAUUUUCACUUGAUCUGUGUAUAUCUGAUGUUAUCGUGGAGGGGGAAUGCGCUAUAUCCGCUACGUGUGCUCUAUACUCUGUGCUCUGUCGACGAUUCGGAUGUCGCACUGUGGUGCUCUCUUGUGCUUGCUAUGUAGCGGGCGGCCAGCAUUGGGCGGGUGUAAGCGGCGACGGGGUUUUUUUUUUUGGAAAGCUUUGUAAUUUACUGGCUGCUGGUGGGAGGGGCACACGGGGCUGCUGGACCGCUGUUAUGAGCUAUGGUUUUGUACGGACACCUAGUAGUAGUAGUAGUAGUAGUAGUAGUAGUAGUAGUCGUAGUAGUAGUACGUAUGUCGUGCAUGCAUAUAUAUGUCGAUCGUAAUACCACAUGCAUAGUUUAUUGACCU